AUGAAGGCAGCAGCAUGCACCCUCCCUCCCUUCUGUGUCUCCCCACCCCGCACCCUCGCCGCCGUCACCACCGCAGAGAUUUGUUGGUGCGGAGAUAGUGACUUGCCAUCUGCUGCAGCGCCCUUCAGUAUCAAGCUGGCUGGAUCUUGUCGAGGUCCUUCCGACAACCGUACUGCCAGCAAGCGCCGCGCUGCCUUCUCCGCAAACCACACAUACGCAGAAGUCAAGGGCACAUCCUCGUCAGGUUCUGCGCCCCUCGCCCAUUUCCCUCUGGUACCCAGCAGCCAGCAGCAGCAACAGCAGCAGCAGCAGCAGCAGCAGCAGCCAGCCGCCGCUCACACCUAG